AUGGAUCCCGAAGCAUUCCUAGAAAUGGCCAACCAGGUCACAAAGCUUAAAAUGUACCCGUACUUCGACAUAGCCCACUGUACCCUGUGCUGCCUGUAUGUGAGGGAGGACCUGGGCACAGGCUCCCUUCCGUUCUCUCGCAAGCACCCCCUGGCAAACUGGUUUUCCUCAAUGCUUACUAUCUUUUCUGGUGGCCUUCUUACCAACUUCCUUCUGGGAGAGCCUAUCCUUGGAGUCCUCAAGAAUAACCAACAACUGCUUCUGGCCACUGCUGUCUGGUACAUCAUCUUCUACUCUCCCUUUGACAUCGGGUACAAGAUUGGCAAGUUCCUCCCCAUCAAGGUUCUUCUAGCUGCUAUGAAGGAAGUUUACAGGGUAAAGAAGAUCAACGACGGUGUGUCACAUGCCGCCAAAGUGUUCCCCACCGGCUACCUCAGCAUGAUUCUCAUCGGCACCAUCAAGGGUAACGGCGCAGGCUUCCUCAAGAUCAUGGAGAGGUUGAUGCGUGGUGUCUGGACUCCAACUGCCGUCGAGGUGAUGCAGCCCACCUUGUGA